UGCGUAAAAUUGUGUUGACCUCGAUAAAAUGGUUCAGUGAGGUCUUAUAAUGAACGAUCAUAAGCCGUAUUCUUAUAAAACCAUCCAAUUUAUUUAUUGCGGGAAUUAAGUGGCAAAUCGCGUCGAUUAUGGUGCUGUUGACAGAGGUCGGAAGAGUGCGUUUUAGCAGCGUCAUAAUUGUGCUGUCGAGUGUAAGAAGCUGAUUGGCUGUUCCAGUGUGACGGGGGUUCUUGUCCCAGAUCGCAGGGGUUAGACAAUAAGGAUCCAAACAGCAGCAUUUCCAUUAAUAACACAGCAUAGAUGGAAUUUAUCUCUCUGUGCUCUUGAGCAGCUGUCGCUGACACACAUACAACAGUUAAAAUUUUAUGAGACGAUUUGAAUAAUUCUUCUUUUUUAUUUAAUCACUUAAAUAAAUCAAAUAGAUCCCAGAAAAAGAUUCUGACUUUUUAGCAAAGAAAUGGUGAUGGAGAAGCCCAGUCCCCUGCUGGUAGGGCGGGAGUUUGUGAGACAGUAUUACACACUUCUCAAUAAGGCACCAGACUUUCUGCACAGAUUCUAUGGACGAAAUUCAUCCUAUGUCCAUGGUGGACUGGAUUCAAAUGGAAAGCUUUCAGAGGCAGUCUAUGGGCAAGCUGAGAUACAUAAGAAGGUAAUGUCCCUGCAAUUCAGUGAGUGCCACACAAAAAUCCGGCAUGUGGAUGCCCAUGCCACUCUGAGUGAUGGUGUGGUUGUCCAGGUGAUGGGAGAACUUUCCAAUAAUGGGCAGCCCAUGAGGAAGUUCUUACAGACAUUUGUACUGGCUCCAGAGGGUUCUGUGGCCAAUAAGUUUUAUGUUCACAACGAUAUCUUCCGAUAUGAGGAUGAGGUCUUUGGUGACUCUGAGGCGGAGCUUGAUGAAGAGUCCGAAGAAGAAACCGAUGAGCCAGAAGACAGGCAACCAUCACCUGAACCCCUCCAGGACAGCCCCAGUAAUGCAAACUGCUAUGAACCCCAUCCUGUGAGCUGUAACAAUGGUGUGGAAGAAGCUCAUGAGGAAGCAGUUAUGGAACUAGAGCCUGAGGUUGCCCCAGAACCCAAGAUUGAAGAGCCGAAGCUCAAGGCAGAGGAGAAGGUCGUAGAGGAGUUUGAGGAGAAGGCACCGUCUCCUGUUCCUAUGGAAUCGCCACCUAACAUACAAGAACCACCUAAAACUUCAUCUUGGGCUUCUGUGACCAGCAAAAAUUUGCCUCUUGCUGGCACUGUUCCAUCCUCUGGAGCUCAACCACAUGUUGUUAAAGCACCAAACCCACAGCCCAGAGUUGAGACCAAGGCAGAGGUGUCAUCAGCUACAAUCCGUCCACGUGACCAGCGUAUCCGUGACAGACCUUCAGUAACCUCGAGAGGGCCUAGAUCUGAUGGUGUCUUAUCUUCUGACUCUCAAACUGGAAAGCCACAUUUCAGCUUUGUGAAUAAAGGAAGGGGUGAUGAGUCGAGUGAAAUGGACAGCAGAAGGGUUGUCAGGUAUCCAGACAGUCAUCAGUUGUUUGUUGGAAAUCUCCCUCAUGACAUUGAUGAGAGUGAACUCAAAGACUUCUUCAUGACAUUUGGAAAUGUUGUUGAGCUGCGAAUCAACACUAAAGGCACUGGAGGAAAGAUUCCCAACUUUGGCUUUGUUGUCUUUGAUGAUUCUGAGCCGGUGCAAAGAAUUUUAGGAGUUAAACCAAUCAUGUUCCGUGGUGAGGUACGUCUCAACGUGGAGGAGAAAAAAACGAGGGCGAUGCGUGAGCGGGAAACUCGUAGUGGAGGUGGAGAAGAUCGCCGGGACUCAAGGCGUAGUGACCGUGGUCCAGGCGGGCUGCGUGGCAUUCCCGGAAGCAGCAUGAUGCGAGACCGUGACGGCAGAGGCCCACCUUCACGUGUUUCCACCGUACCUAAACCAGGCAUGGCCUCUGGGAGGGGUGCAGGGUCUAGUGAGGGUCGUUUUACUGCUCAGAGGCGUUGAGAGGAGCUCCCCUUGUAGUUUGGAAGUAGUAAAAUGUUCAUUUAUGAUGAUAUUGAGAAGUCUAUGUAAAAACAUACAUCAGGUUUUUUUUUUUUUCCAGUUUUACUCCUUGUGUACACUUGCAUUUUUGCCUCUGGAAUGUCAGCUGUUUCUUGUGAAACAGAUCAACAACUUGAACAAUUUAAUGACUCAAAACACACUGUUCACUUUAAAUUGGAAUUGUGCUGCAAGUCCUCUGGUUUGUCAUUUAUCAAGUGGUAACAAUUGCAAACUUUGUAGGGAAACAAAUCAGUUAGGUAUAUUUAGCGCUGAUUUCUGAUCUGUGAUGUUUCUUUGACAUUUCCUAUUAGAUUACCUUCCAGUUGCUGUUGGUGUAAAAUGUGCAGAUUGAAAGGUGGCUUUUUUGAAAAAUAUUUUUUCUUUUUUUUUCUUUCAGGCUAGCCUUUUAAUACAUAUUAUUUAGGUAAUUUCACUAAUCAGCUCAUUAAUAAGCUAAAGGCUACCUGUAGUCAUAACUGUGAGCUAAUAAUAUUUCAUUUAAUGGUAAUUACUUGUACGGGAAGAAAAGAAAAAAGGAAAGUUAAAGUAUAGUGCAAGACAGUGAGAGUGGAGACAAGGCAUGUCCUCUCCAGUUCUGUUUAUGUACUAUUUUUGUUUUUAUUUUUUAAUGUACAGAUUUGACAACACUUUUCUUAUGUUCUGGGUCUGCCUGAAUAAGUGAAUGGAGCAUUAAUGGAAGCAUUUGUAAAGUGGAAAGGUACCAUGAUUUUUUGUGUAAAGGCAUUUUGGAUUUAUGCUGAAUGUUUUUUCUAAGGCAGAGUCACUUUAAUACAUUUUUUUUAUAUAAUCCUGAUCUCAUUUUUGUGAUGUGAGUUCCAUUUUACAUCCAAGCAAUUGUUCUUGUUCUUUUUAAAUUAAAGCAAAACCGUAUUUAUACAGGGUACAGAGAAACUUUGCUGGUGCAUUUCUGACUUUCCCAAAUGGACUAGUUUUGCAUUCUACAUUUUUUUUAAAAAUGAAAUUAUGGUAUUUUAAAAAGCACUGAUUAGAAAAAGAGGUUGUCAAUUUUCCUCCAGACACAUAAGGCUUCAUUAACAGUUUUUUUCCCCUAAGAACUGUUGGUCCUUUCAGAAUUUAUGCCUUAUUGGGGGAAGCAUAAUUUUCUGCUGUUUUUUUUUUUUCAUUAUUAUUUUUCAUGUGUAUCUGUUUAAUUGAUAUCCACACCCGUUUUCCAUUUUCAUGAUGAGGAACGUGUUAAUGCUGUUCUUCAUGAAUGGAAGGAAGUAUAAGUACAGUGGGGUAGACACUGUUUUCAUUGUGCAGUGGUACUCGGUCUACAAUUUGCACUGAUUUUGUAAGUACAGUUCAAUGUAGCGCUAUUUUUGAUGUUUAAUGUCUUCCGUGUCAGGUAGAUUGCACUAAUUGCAGUAUUUCUAGGACAAUCUUCAUCAGGGACAUUGCAUUUCUUUUGUUGUUGUUUUUUUGGGGACAGCUUGUUCUCUGUUAAAAGACAUUUUGGUUGCAGAUACAUUUACUUUUGGAAGAUUUUGGAAGAAAAGUCCUGCCUAGAGACUUCUUUCCCCAUCAACUCUACCUAGUUCUUUCGUGUUCUGAGUUUGGGACCUGGAACAUUUGAAUUACUGUGUAAAUAAAUGCCACAAUGGCCUUUCUUUUUAGAUGUAAAGUACUUCAGUCAGCCAAAUACUUUGAACGUUUGGAUUACAGAAGAGAACAAAAGAAGACUAUACACUUAGGGCUUGGUCAAAUAACUGUGCUUUUUUUUCAACCCAAAAUAUGCAUCAGACUUUAAUUUGUUUUAUUCACUCAUAUCAUAUAAUCAGAUUAUUUUAACCCUCUAAUCCUAAUGCAAAACAUUGGUUUUCAUGCAGUUAUUAUGAGUUUUAUAAAUGCUCUGUUUAUAGAUGUAGUUCAUUUUGGUGGAACAAGAACAUGUUCUUGUAUUAGAAGGUGGUUACCAUGUUAUUCUACUUAGACUGCAUUUUUGUGUGAGUAGAACAUGUUGCAGCUGGAUGUUUAUUUAUUACUGUUUUUAUUAUUUUUUUAUUAUUUUUAUUUCAUUUUUAUUCAGUUUCAAUGUGUUAGACUUGACAUACAAUAAACUGAAAUCUGUGCUGUUCAGUGCAAGUGUUGUGGCUUUAAA